AUGACCCCGGACGGCAUAGUCAUGUACCAGGUCAACACGACACUGGGACAGACUAUCACGAUAAGCCGUUUCGAAAAUCAUCCCCAGCUGCUGCACACGGGGCGGGUGUCUUGUGUCGUUGGUGAAAUCGAUAGUGGCCGGUUGAGGUUACUCGAUAGCGAGAGUCCGAUAGAAGUUGUGAUGGUAUCGGGGGCAGAAGAUACCGAAAAUGUCAAUAGACCCUGGUUACCCUGGACCUUUAGUGGACCAGAUGAUAAGUCUUACACAUGGCAAAUUUUGUUUCGUUCUCCAGUCCUUUUCGUAUCCGGCAAUGCACUCGUUCCUCUAGCACGAUAUAGACAUGCAAAACUCGGUAUCAUAUCACGAUCAAGACGAGCUUUCCUCGAAAUAUUCCCCGCUGGAAUCAAUGUCAUUGAUCUCAUUGUCGCCACCUUCGUCUCAUAUGCGAAGCAUUACUGGCUGGACGAGCCCGACCACGAGUCUACUCCGUCGGCAGUUUAG